CAUAAAGACAAUUCCAACUUCAAUCCAACGCCAAAAUUUUCCAAAGCACUAAAUUACUACUACUGUACAAUGGAUCGUUUUGACCAAUAUCUACUGGGUUGGCACCUAUUCUGCUCUUGCCCUAACUGGGUAGGGGUAAAUCAUUUAUCUUCUUGCAUAAUCAACCUCGAACGAGAACCGGGUACAGUUGGAAUACUUUCUUUUUUGUGAUCGUUUCUGUUUCUCGAGUGAUGUUUGGUUUCUUUGUUGGGUUCCGAUCUCCUUUUGUUUGUGGUAUCAUUCUUUAAUGUAAAUUAUUAAGGAAUCAUUUGGUGCCUGUACCAGAUCUGUGUUCUUAUAUUCACAUGAUGUAUCGUGGUUUUCUUUUUGUGUUUAUAGAGCUAAACUACAGUUAGUUGACCAAACUUUAGGCGAAUCAAGAAGGUACACGAGCGGUUUACUCUUUUUUUUUUAGGGGGAGUGUAUAUAAAGGUGUUCUUCAAUAUGUUCAUUGCUUGUGGCGGCAACUUGUAGAAGUUGGGAUUCCAAGACGUAUACGGAGGUGUAACAGAGGGUAGAGUAAAGUUUAGUAGGCUUUGCUGUUUGGGUGGUUGGGGAUAGCAGCCAAAUUUCACUAUUAUUAACUGAACUGGUUAUUCCUAAUUUAUGGUCCUGUUGUCUUGGGCUGGAGCUUCCUGUUGCCAUUCUAGAUAUUCGCAGGUUUUCUGCUCCAUGGGUCCCUUGUUUUUGAAGUGCAACCAUCAUAAGAUUUGAACUCCAGUGUGAUCCUCAAAGAUCUGAGUUAUUACAAUAUGGGCAGCAAUAAGACCAUUGUUUGGUUUAGGAGGGAUCUUAGAAUUGAGGACAAUCCUGCAUUGGCUGCUUCAGCCAGGGAUGGUAGUGUAUUUCCGAUCUUCAUAUGGUGUCCUCAAGAAGAAGGACAAUUCUACCCAGGUAGAGUAUCGAGGUGGUGGCUGAAGCAGUCUCUUGCCCACUUGGGACACUCCCUGAAAUCUCUUGGGGCUGAACUUGUCUUGAUCAAAACCCAUAGUACUCUCGCUGCUCUUUUGGAUUGCAUCAAUGCUAUUGGAGCAACAAGAGUUGUAUUCAAUCAUCUCUAUGAUCCAGUAUCUCUUGUUCGUGAUCACAGCAUCAAAGAAAAACUGGUGGAGCUUGGCAUUUCUGUGCAAAGCUAUAAUGGGGAUUUGUUGUAUGAACCAUGGGAAAUAUAUAAUGGAAGUGGACAAGCUUUUACGACAUUUGACUCGUAUUGGGACAAGUGCUUGCACAUGCAAAUGGAACCUGUUUCACAUCUUCCUCCAUGGCGAUUACUGGCAACUGCAGGAAAAGUUGAGAAAUGCUCAGUUGAGGAAUUAAAUCUUGAAGAUGAAACAGAAAAAUCUAGCAAUUCCUUACUAGGAAGGGGAUGGUCACCAGGUUGGAGCAAUGCUGACAAGGCACUGGCUGAAUUUGUUGAACAUCAUCUAAUUGACUACUCAAAGAAUAGGCUAAAGGUUGGUGUGAACUCCAGCUCACUUUUGUCCCCAUAUCUUCAUUUUGGAGAACUGAGUGUGAGGAAAGUUUUCCAAUGUGUGCGAAUGAAACAGUUGCUGUGGGCAAAAGAAGGGAACUCAAUAGGGAAAGAAAGCGUGACUCUGUUUCUUAGAUCCAUUGGGCUAAGGGAAUAUUCCCGAUACCUUUGUUUUAACUUUCCAUUCACUCAUGAGAGAUCAUUGCUGAGCAACUUAAAGUACUUUCCCUGGGAUGUCAACCAGGCCCAUUUUAAGGCUUGGAGACAGGGACGAACUGGUUAUCCCCUAGUUGAUGCAGGAAUGCGUGAGCUUUGGGCAACUGGUUGGAUACAUAAUAGAAUUAGAGUGAUUGUGUCAAGUUUUGCUGUAAAAGUUUUGCUUCUUCCAUGGAGAUGGGGGAUGAAGUAUUUUUGGGACACACUUUUGGAUGCAGACUUGGAAAGUGACAUCCUUGGUUGGCAGUACAUAUCUGGAAGCUUACCUGAUGGCCAUGAGCUUGAACGUUUGGAUAGUCCAGAGAUUCAAGGCUCAAAAUUUGACCCAGAGGGUGAAUAUGUGAGACACUGGCUGCCUGAGCUUGCCAGAAUGCCAACUGAAUGGAUCCAUCAUCCUUGGGACGCACCUCUUACUGUGCUUAAAGCUGCAGGGGUGGAAUUGGGACAAAACUACCCAAAACCUAUAAUUGAAUUAGAUUUAGCCAGAGAACGUCUGACUGAAGCCAUAUUCAAGAUGUGGGAAAUGGAAGCAGCUGCAAGGGCUUCAAUUUCAGGUGGAACAAGUGAAGUUGUUGUUGAUAACACUGAUGGUAAUGAAAAUUUGGCCAUUCCAAAGGCUAUGUUAAAAGAAAAGGCUCCUUGUCCCACCAUUUCAUCUAAUGAUCAGAAGGUACCAACAAUUCAAAAUCCCAAGAACAGUCCAGCUCAUAAGAAGAGAUCAAAGUAUGUGGAAGAGGAAAGACCACAUCGAGAUAAACUGCAUAAAGUUAAUGGCAUAGAAGGCACCUCUAGAACAGAUGAAGACUUAUGCUCUACUGCUGAAUCUUCAGCAUCUAAGAAGCAGACAACCAGCAGGUUUUCGUUUUCUGUUCCCCAGUAUUGUCCCUCAUCAGAAAGCCAGCCCUUGCAUGAGUGUGAAUCAUCUGACCUUAAGCAGCCAUUGCAAGUACAGACUGACAGGGUAUACAGUUCAAGCGAAGAUGAUGCUAUGGGAACUUAAUGCCUACAUCGAUCUCAAGCUGGCGGGAUACCAUAUUUUUUAUCUGACAAGGAGAGCCGUUUGUGAAAUGUUCUAUAAUUUUUACAGUAGUGUCAUUUGACAUAACUAUUAAGAGUGCAUGUUCUAUGGUUAAUAUGUCUGCUUCUUGGCUGAUUGCAUCUCCUUGGGGAGCUAAGUUGUAGAGAACAGGCUCAAGACAUUUGGCCCAGUUUUUGGCUAUGUAUUAUAUUCUGUGUGGAUGUGUUUAUAUAUAUGUACACACACAUAUUUUCUACUGUAGUUUCAUAUUAUUGUAGUAAAUGAAGCAAGCACCUUUCAUAUGUCUAAA